AUGUCUCGGUUUUCAACACGCACAAAAAUAUAUAUGUUUUAUCUAUCUAUCUAUCUAUCUAUCUAUCUAUCUAUCUAUCUAUCUAAACUUGUUCAUCCCUCUCUCACUCCCCCCUCUCUCUCUACCUUUCUCUUUUUGUUCUUGUUUAUCUAUUCCAAUUUGAAAAGAAAACUGACAAAACCUAAACACGCAAAAGAGGAAGGGAAAAUAGAAGAUAAGCGUCUCCUCUCUAUCUAUCUAUCUAUCUAUCUAUCUAUCAUCUCAGUUUCUUCAUAUAUAUCUAUCUAUCUAUCAUCUCAGUUUCUUCAUAUCUAUCUAUCUAUCUAUCUAUCUAUCUAUCAUCUCAGUUUCUUCAUAUCUAUCUAUCUAUCUAUCUAUCUAUCUAUCUAUCUAUCUAUCUAUCUAUCUAUCUAUCUAUCAUCUCAGUUUCUUCAUAUCUAUCUAUCUAUCUAUCUAUCUAUCAUCUCAGUUUCUUCAUAUCUAUCUAUCUAUCUAUCUAUCUAUCUAUCUAUCUAUCAUCUCAGUUUCUUCAUAUCUAUCUAUCUAUCUAUCUAUCUAUCUAUCUAUCUAUCUAUCUAUCUAUCACGUUCUCUAACUAGCUAUCUGUCACAAUCAUUUCACAUCUAUCUAUCUAUCUAUCUAUCUAUCUAUCUCUAUGUAUGUAUGUAUGUAUAA